AUGAAUAGGUCUCUAGGUUUGGGGGGUGCACCGCUCAGUCCUCAGCUACUGACACAAGGGUGCAGAGACGACACUGGAGGGAUCCAAGGAACUAGGGGGAACACAAAAUCAAAAGGGUCAAAUAGGGCAGAGCCCAACAUCAGCCUCCCGGUCCGCCCCCCGCUGCCCGACAUCAGCCUCCCGGUCCGCCCCCCGCUGCCCGACAUCAGCCUCCCGGUCCACCCCCCCGCUGCCCGACAUCAGACUACCGGUCCACCCCCCAACAUCAGCCUCCCGUCCCGGUCCAGCCCCCCGCUGCCCGACAUCAGCCUCCCGGUCCAGCCCCCCGCUGCCCGACAUCAGCCUCCCGGUCCAGCCCCCCGCUGCCCGACAUCAGCCUCCCGGUCCAGCCCCCCGCUGCCCGACAUCAGCCUCCCGGUCCAGCCCCCCGCUGCCCGACAUCAGCCUCCCGGUCCAGCCCCCCGCUGCCCGACAUCAGCCUCCCGGUCCAGCCCCCCGCUGCCCGACAUCAGCCUCCCGGUCCAGCCCCCCCGCUGCCCGACAUCAGCCUCCCGGUCCAGCCCCCCGCUGCCCGACAUCAGCCUCCCGGUCCAGCCCCCCGCUGCCCGACAUCAGCCUCCCGGUCCAGCCCCCCGCUGCCCGACAUCAGCCUCCCGGUCCAGCCCCCCGCUGCCCGACAUCAGCCUCCCGGUCCAGCCCCCCGCUGCCCGACAUCAGCCUCCCGGUCCAGCCCCCCGCUGCCCGACAUCAGCCUCCCGGUCCAGCCCCCCGCUGCCCGACAUCAGCCUCCCGGUCCAGCCCCCCGCUGCCCGACAUCAGCCUCCCGGUCCAGCCCCCCGCUGCCCGACAUCAGCCUCCCGGUCCAGCCCCCCGCUGCCCGACAUCAGCCUCCCGGUCCAGCCCCCCGCUGCCCGACAUCAGCCUCCCGGUCCAGCCCCCCGCUGCCCGACAUCAGCCUCCCGGUCCAGCCCCCCGCUGCCCGACAUCAGCCUCCCGGUCCAGCCCCCCGCUGCCCGACAUCAGCCUCCCGGUCCAGCCCCCCGCUGCCCGACAUCAGCCUCCCGGUCCAGCCCCCCGCUGCCCGACAUCAGCCUCCCGGUCCAGCCCCCCGCUGCCCGACAUCAGCCUCCCGGUCCAGCCCCCCGCUGCCCGACAUCAGCCUCCCGGUCCAGCCCCCCGCUGCCCGACAUCAGCCUCCCGGUCCAGCCCCCCGCUGCCCGACAUCAGCCUCCCGGUCCAGCCCCCCGCUGCCCGACAUCAGCCUCCCGGUCCAGCCCCCCGCUGCCCGACAUCAGCCUCCCGGUCCAGCCCCCCGCUGCCCGACAUCAGCCUCCCGGUCCAGCCCCCCGCUGCCCGACAUCAGCCUCCCGGUCCAGCCCCCCGCUGCCCGACAUCAGCCUCCCGGUCCAGCCCCCCGCUGCCCGACAUCAGCCUCCCGGUCCAGCCCCCCGCUGCCCGACAUCAGCCUCCCGGUCCAGCCCCCCGCUGCCCGACAUCAGCCUCCCGGUCCAGCCCCCCGCUGCCCGACAUCAGCCUCCCGGUCCAGCCCCCCGCUGCCCGACAUCAGCCUCCCGGUCCAGCCCCCCGCUGCCCGACAUCAGCCUCCCGGUCCAGCCCCCCGCUGCCCGACAUCAGCCUCCCGGUCCAGCCCCCCGCUGCCCGACAUCAGCCUCCCGGUCCAGCCCCCCGCUGCCCGACAUCAGCCUCCCGGUCCAGCCCCCCGCUGCCCGACAUCAGCCUCCCGGUCCAGCCCCCCGCUGCCCGACAUCAGCCUCCCGGUCCAGCCCCCCGCUGCCCGACAUCAGCCUCCCGGUCCAGCCCCCCGCUGCCCGACAUCAGCCUCCCGGUCCAGCCCCCCGCUGCCCGACAUCAGCCUCCCGGUCCAGCCCCCCGCUGCCCGACAUCAGCCUCCCGGUCCACCCCCCCGCUGCCCGACAUCAGCCUCCCGGUCCACCCCCCCGCUGCCCGACAUCAGCCUCCCGGUCCACCCCCCCGCUGCCCGACAUCAGCCUCCCGGUCCAGCCCCCCGCUGCCCGACAUCAGCCUCCCGGUCCAGCCCCCCGCUGCCCGACAUCAGCCUCCCGGUCCAGCCCCCCGCUGCCCGACAUCAGCCUCCCGGUCCAGCCCCCCGCUGCCCGACAUCAGCCUCCCGGUCCAGCCCCCCGCUGCCCGACAUCAGCCUCCCGGUCCACCCCCCCGCUGCCCGACAUCAGCCUCCCGGUCCCCCCCCCCGCUGCCCGACAUCAGCCUCCCGGUCCACCCCCCCCGCUGCCCGACAUCAGCCUCCCGGUCCACCCCCCCGCUGCCCGACAUCAGCCUCCCGGUCCACCCCCCCGCUGCCCGACAUCAGCCUCCCGGUCCACCCCCCCGCUGCCCGACAUCAGCCUCCCGGUCCACCCCCCCGCUGCCCGACAUCAGCCUCCCGGUCCACCCCCCCGCUGCCCGACAUCAGCCUCCCGGUCCACCCCCCCGCUGCCCGACAUCAGCCUCCCGGUCCACCCCCCCGCUGCCCGACAUCAGCCUCCCGGUCCACCCCCCCGCUGCCCGACAUCAGCCUCCCGGUCCACCCCCCCGCUGCCCGACAUCAGCCUCCCGGUCCACCCCCCCGCUGCCCGACAUCAGCCUCCCGGUCCACCCCCCCGCUGCCCGACAUCAGCCUCCCGGUCCACCCCCCCGCUGCCCGACAUCAGCCUCCCGGUCCACCCCCCCGCUGCCCGACAUCAGCCUCCCGGUCCACCCCCCCGCUGCCCGACAUCAGCCUCCCGGUCCACCCCCCCGCUGCCCGACAUCAGCCUCCCGGUCCACCCCCCCGCUGCCCGACAUCAGCCUCCCGGUCCACCCCCCCGCUGCCCGACAUCAGCCUCCCGGUCCACCCCCCCGCUGCCCGACAUCAGCCUCCCGGUCCACCCCCCCGCUGCCCGACAUCAGCCUCCCGGUCCACCCCCCCGCUGCCCGACAUCAGCCUCCCGGUCCACCCCCCCGCUGCCCGACAUCAGCCUCCCGGUCCACCCCCCGCCAGUCAUCCGGCCCUUGGCUGUGGACAGAUAA